AGGGCACCCGACAGAGCUUUCUCGUGCCUGAAACUCAGGUCGUGCUUCAUGGAGAACCAUGCGUUCUGGGACCACUUGCCAUUACUGAUGAGGGCGAACUCGAAGGAUUCGGUCGAAUCCAUCCUUCAAGCCCUCUGGCGAACUCGCACGACCGGUCUCGACGCGGCCGGUCGCGGCAUCAUCCGCGACAUGCUCCAGCUCCAGAACGACUCCGAGCUCGACCCCCUUCUGGUGUGUCUGCGCAUGUUGAUCCGGAAAUGCGUCUACGAGAAUACCAGCAAGGAGGAUAUUCAUAAGCUCUUCCCCAGCGAGGUCCUGCCCGAAUUGCAGAGACUGCUGACGCUUUUGCUGCAGAAGUUUCAGAGAGAGUGGCGAGAAGACGUGCUCAAGGAUCAGGCGACGUUGCCUCGGUUGAAAGCGAUGACAUGGAAUAUGUCCACAUCCAGUACUGAGACUCCAGAGCCGGUUGCUGUUAUUAAUUUGCGGCUUCAAAAUGAUGUGAAGUUUCGCUAUGACGAUUCAGAAGUGAAGUUCCAGCUGGAUAGAGAUACUUUAGAUAGUAUGCUGAGGUCUAUGCAUUCUGUAGCAGAGCAAUUGUCUGAAACGGACGAUCCAUUGAAUGGGCAAAUACCCCUGGAAAAUCCUGUGUAGUUCAGCAAAUGCCUCCCUGAGGAAGCUUUAUUAUUGAGAGCGUGACAGGAGAAUGUAUAAGUUGUUGGGGGAUACUUUUAAAGAUUCAAUUGGUUCGGUUGCUUGAUAUCUGCUGGACCCCACCACAGGAGAAUUUGCUCCACUUUUUAAUGGUGAUCAUCAGAAAUGUCCAAGAUCAGGACUGCAGAGCCACUUCCCUGUGCGAUUUUGCCGCUGCUUAGUGCUUGCUGGACCAAACUGCAGGAUUUUGUGCUGGAUUCGUGGAUGAAGAACGUUAGAAAUGCAAAGAGUGGGAGUUAGGAUGGCCAUUGCGUAGUCUUGUGAUCUAUGCUGCAUCGUUUGUUAAUGAAACUAGAUUAUAAGUUCUCCUAACAGUCAAAAUUCUUCUUGCAAGUUGGUCAGUGACAGUGCUUUCUUCAUGGAUCGGCCAAGUGGUUGUUGUAUAGGCAUUUAGACUUUGGUGGGGUAUUGCUUCA